GUAUACUUGCCAUUCUAGUUCUCAAAUUCUCUCUGUUUUUCUUUUAUCUCAAAGCACUCUAUCCAAUCCAACACAAUGGCGCCCAUCUUUGAGCAUAGAAAUAUUGAGCAGAAUGACCUUGAAAGACCACUGAAGUUUCCAUGUGAUGCCAAGUUACCUAAUUGCUGGAAUUUAUCAUGCGACGGGAGCUCGACGACGUUGGAUGUUAUAUAUGAUGAGAAGAAUACUCGCAAGCAGCUUACCGUCAAAAAACUGCCCCGCGGGAUAUAUUUCACUAAGGGUUGGAAUGAUUUCCGAAUAGCGAAAAAGAUUGAAAAAAAUGACAAGAUCAGCCUCCACGAAGACGGAAACACGUACAGGAUUGAAGUGGAGAAAGCUCGAAAGGGUCGUUAGUUGGAUUUUAUAUAUCCUUAAUUCACUUAUCUCAAACAAAACGAUCUCUUACAAGUGAUUGUCAGUUAAGCCCAUGAUUUAGUUUGUGAUAUUUUGUUAUCCUUUAGUUUGUGUUCUGUUUUUGUCUGUUUUCUAGAUUCUAGGAUGAUGUUUUUCUACUGCUAUAUUAUCAUGUGAAUUAUUACCGUGUUUGUAUGGUUGCAUCAUAUGUAAAAGGGUUUUUGCAAUAAAAUUAAAGUUUCACA